GGGGGGUGAGGGAGGGGAACUAGGUGGAGGUGAGGGGGACGGGGAUGGGGGGGUGUUUUUUCUGCGCAUGACCACCUCGACCGCCACAGGCCAGUCUGUCACGAACUUCUCGCCGCGCUUCUCGCUCCGCGGCCUGCGUGGGACUUGGCCGGAGCGCGUUGCGCGUGCGCUUGCGGAUAACCCUGUGCGUGGUACAAAGGGGCCGCCGGACGUGAACCCCUUUGUUGAGGGGCUGGGGGCAAGGCAGGCUGUCGUGCCUGGCGCUGCGGCUGCUGCUGGUGCUGGUGCCGCUGCUGGAGCUGGAGCUGGAGCUGGUGCCGCCGCUGUGCCUGGUGCUGCCGCUGUGCCUGGCGCUGCAGCAGCAGGAGGAGGAGGAGGAGCCGCAGCCGGAGCCGGAGCAGUAGGCGCAGGCGGCGCCGCAGCAGCAGCGCCCGCCACGGCCGACGACGCAGCGAGCUACGAGAAGACAUACACGGCGCAGACGGGGGCGACGCGGUACGCGCCGAUGCAGAAGGCGCCGGGGACCAAGAUCACGCGCAAGAGCGCGCGCAUGCAGUACCCGACUAGCGCGAUUGUGGGGGGAUAUUACACGACGUUUGCGGGGAAGCCGGAUGCUGCGACGACGAUGACAAGGAGCCAGACGGCGAGUUGGAGUAGUGGUGAGAAUGAGGUGAGUUGUUUUUUGUUUUUAUGAUUUUUUGUGUUGUGGUUUGUUGGUUUGUUGGUUUGUGGAAUGGUGGUUGGCUGAUGAGACGCGUGUACCUAGGCUUCUGCGGCGCCGAUGCCUGCGGAUGAUAUGGCGAGGCUUUUGGCGCGGUGGAAGGACUAGGCCGUGUGGGUUGAGGAUGGGAUGGGUGGUGUGCUGUGUGCGGUGGCAGCAUUUGUCUCGGCCUUCACGACGACCUCCCUCCCUAAGUACGUGCUGUACUGUACGAUGAUGGAUGGCAUGGCUAUUGAACGAGGUGGAGUAUUGCUUUGGCUUUGACUUCUCUUCUUUUUGCUUUUACUUUUCCGAUUCCAUGGCUGGCGGUAGGCAGGUGGAGCAUCGAUCGAUGGAUGGAUGGAUGGAUGGACGAAUGGACGGGCAAGCGGGGAGUAAGACGGGAGUAAUAUACCUAUACCUAUACCUACUUACUUACUCAGAUGACGCGGGAGUAAAUGAAUCAAGG